AUGGCUUUUUCUUCUUCGUCUCACAUCAGGAGAUACCAUGUUUUCCCUAGUUUCCACGGUCCAGAUGUUCGUAAAGGAUUUCUCAGUCAUUUACUCAACCUCUUUGAAAGGAAAGGAAUCACAACUUUCAAGGAUCAAGAGAUCAAGAGAGGAUAUACGAUUGGACCUGAACUCGUGCAAGCCAUUAGAGAAUCGAGGCUCUCACUCGUGGUGCUCUCCAAGAAGUACGCUACUUCAAGCUGGUGUUUAGAUGAGUUGGUUGAAAUUUUGAAAUGCAAAAAAGAGCAUGGGAUGGUGAUGCCGAUAUUUUACGAAGUUGACCCGUCUGAUGUACGGAAACAGAGGGGAGAGUUCGGCAGUGCAUUCCAGAAAACUUGCGAAGGGAAAGGUGAAGGGGAGAAGAAAAUAUGGAUCAAAGCUUUGGCUGAUGUUGCAACCAUUGCAGGAGAACACUCUUCAAAUUGGGAGGAUGAAGCUAAGAUGAUCGAAAAGAUUGCUGCUGAUGUUUCAAACAAACUGAGUGUUACACCAUCAAAUGAUUUUGAAGGGGUGGUGGGAAUGGAAGCUCACUUGAGAAAAAUAAACUCUUGUCUAGUUAUGGCGUGUGAUGAUGUGAAGAUGAUUGGAAUUCAGGGUCCUGCGGGAAUUGGUAAGACAACCAUUGCUAAAGCUUUAUUCAAGCAGCUCUCUGCUGCUUUUAAACUUAAAUGCUUUUUGGGGAACCUCAAGGGAAGUUAUGGAAGCUCUGGUGUCCAGGAUUCGAAGUUCUGUCUACAAAGCCAACUUCUGUCCAAGAUUUUGAACCAAAAGGAUAUGAGCGUCGAUGAUCUAGGUGCAAUAAAGGAAUGGCUACAACACCAAAAAGUCCUUAUUGUUCUUGAUGAUGUUGAUGAUCUUGAACAACUAGAUGCCUUGGCAGAAAAACCAUCUUGGUUUGGCAGAGGAAGCCGAAUUAUUGUUACCACGAAAGAUAGCAAGAUAUUGAAGGCACAUGGGAUAAAAAAUAUCUACCAUGUUGGUUAUCCAUCCGAAGAAGAAGCUCCUGAGAUCUUGUGCCUAUCUGCUUUCAAACAAAGUUAUGUACAAGUUGGUUUUGAAAAGGUUGCAAAGAAAGUAGCAAAGCUAUGCGGUUAUCUUCCAUUAGGCCUUUGUGUUGUAGGCUCAUCUUUACGUGGGGAGAGUAAGCAAGAGUGGGAAUGUCAAUUAUCUAGGAUCGAAUCUAGUCUUGAUAGAAAACUUGAAGACGUACUAAAAGUGGGAUAUGACAAACUAUCAUAUAAGCAUCGAUCUCUGUUUCUCCACAUUGCAUUUUUCUUCAAUGAUAGAGCUGUUGAUCAUGUGACGACCAUGUUAGCUGAUAGUAACUUGGAUGUGAGUAUGGGAUUGAAGAUCCUUGCCGAUAAAUCUCUCGUCUAUGUAUCAACCAAUGGAUGGAUAACGAUGCAUUGUUUACUGCAACGAUUGGGGAGAGAAAUAGUUUAUAAACAGUCUGAAGAGCCCGGGAAACGUCAGUUUCUAGAAAAUGCGAACGAGAUUCUUGAUGUGCUGAAAAAUAAUACAGGUACUGGAUCUGUCUUGGGUAUAUCAUUUGAUACGUCGUCUAAGAUGAGCGAGUGCUCUAUAAGUGGACGAGCUUUUGAAGGAAUGCGUAAUCUCCGGUUCUUAAGAAUCUAUGGGAGAUUUUUUAAUGCAUUGAAGAUAUCGGAAGACAUGAAAUAUCUACCUAGUCUAAGGUUACUACAUUGGGAUUCAUACCCGAGAAAACAUCUUCCUCUAACAUUUCGACCUGAAUGUCUCAUCGAGCUUCGUAUGCAAUUUAGCAAUCUGGAGAAGCUUUGGGGAGGAAUCCAGCCCCUUCCGAAUCUCAAGAAGAUGAAUUUGGGAUACUCAAAAAAUUUGAAAGAAAUCCCAAAUCUUUCCAAAGCCAUUAAUCUAGAGACACUGACACUAACGUAUUGCACAAGUUUGGUGGAGCUUCCUUCAUCUAUUUGGAAUCUACAAAAACUGAGGAAGUUGAGGAUGCGUGACUGCAGAAAGCUACGACUUGUUCCAAUCAAGAACAACUUAGAAUCUUUCGAGGAAGUUGAAAAUAAUAGUAUCUCACAUUUUAAGAGUGCUCCAAGGGUUUCUAUGAAUAUCAAGUAUCUCAAUGUUGGAAACACAUUAUUGGAAGAAGUUCAUCCAUCAAUUGUCCAACGUUUGCCUUAUCUUAAGUGGCUUUGUUUAGGUGGCCGGAACGUCAAAAGAAUAACAGGUGUUCCAGAAAGCGUUAAGCAUCUACACCUAAGCAAUAGUGAUAUAGACAUGAUUCCGGAUUGUGUUUUAAGUCUCCCUCAUCUAGAAAGUCUUUUCCUCAACAAGUGCAGACAGCUCGUGUCACUGCAAGGUCUUCCCCCUAGGCUCAAGUACAUAGAUGCAAGCAAUUGUAGAUCACUCGAGAGAGUAUGCUUCUCUUUCAAUCAUAUAAUCACACACUUCAUGUUUCGGAACUGUUUUAACCUGGAUGAAGAAUCAAGAAGAGUAAUCAUACAACAAAGAGGCUACAAUAAUGUAUGGUUACCAGCACCAGGUAAAGAGGUUCCUGCGGAGUUCACUCACAAAGCUACAGGAAAAUCUAUAAUAAUCCCUAUGGUUCUGGAUGGUGAUGGAACUUUCUCAGCGUACUCUAGAUUUAAGGCAUGCCUCGUCCUUCCGCCAACCAACAACUAUGUAUUACUUGAUAUACAUUGCCGUAUAAAAACCAAAUCAGGUGUCAUCAUUAAGGAAGUUAAGUGGAAUUCAAUGGACUAUUUUCAUUAUCAAACGAAACAUCUGUUUUUCUGUGGUGGUAGCUUAAUUGGAGAAACACAUGAGGUGGAUGUGACUACAAGGGAGAUUGUUUUUGAGUUCAGCUGCAGGGAUAACCACGAGAUUACUGCGUGCGGUGUAAGGAUCGUGAAUGAGGAAGAAAAAAGUACUAGUGGUGGUAGUGUUGGCUGCUUUGAAACUGGAGGCAGCAGCAACUACUACCAUGCAGAUGGAGAUGAAGAUUAUAAACCUGAGGCCGUUCAGGUCUCUCUAAUUAGAAACACUAAAGGCGGUGAAUAUACAUGUUGUUGGAGUUGGCUUAAGAGGCUUUGGUCUGGAGAAGAAGAUGAUGAAGCAGAAGAAGACAAGACUUCCAUUAUGGUUCGAAGAUGA